GAAAUUUGUUUAAUUAAUAUAAUAUGUGAGGGAUUAAGUAUAAAACGAAAUUGACUUUCUUAUUCUGAAAAACGAUAUCAGGAAAAUGCAUCCUUUGGAGAAGAAACAAAGUAGCGUAGAUUUAAUUAGUCGAUUGAAAACACGCAAAGUUUUAGGUGUAGGUGAAUCCGAUUCUGGAGAUGUUUAUAGAUCCAAAAUUAGUCAAAUACUCGGUCACAGCGAGCAAUUAACAGCCCCGUUCGUGAAAACGUAUUGGGCGUGGCAUUACCUUUCUGCAUUCUUUUAUUCAAUCCAUGGAUUAUUGGCAAUAUUUUACCCAUGGUGUAUCUUUGACACAACAUUUCAAUCGAUAACACAAAUCUCAAAUAAUCCUUUAGCAACAAGAUUUUAUGGAUCAUCAUUGAUAACAUUGGCUUCCCUAUUUUGGAUAUGCCUUAUGUGGGGUCUGGAGAAAAAAACCAUAAAACUGUGCAUGCUCUUAUCCUCGAUUCUACAAAUCAUUCAGAUAAGUACUUUGGUUUUUACAUAUCUGUUCACUUCGUACACUAAAGACUAUUUCGUCAUAAACAUCCCAUCUUUCUCCUUAUUCCUGCGAAUGUUCGUCAUUUUGUUAAACUUUCAUUUCUAUUACGCCAUAAAUUCUGGUAAAAUCAAAAGGACUUCUGGAAUGAAUGAAUCUAGUUCGACUGAUCCAAAGUCCAUGUUCAUGAAUUCAUCUAACGUCAUGCUUUCUCUCAAGCUUAAUGUAUAUCUUAUUUCUGACGAAGUAGCGAUUCUUAGUUUCUGGAUAAUCCUUUGA